AUGGGUCGGGCUACAGACGUUAACCAGCAUUCCAUGACUUCGGACUGGCCGCUCAAGGACCGGGGAACAUGGAACGGCUACCAGCGCUUCAUUGAUCUCCUCAACCUCUACCUCGUCUUUCCAAACAAGCCACUGCCUGUCCAUCCGAAGACCGAUAAGCUCCCAUACAUGUCGCAGCUCUCGCAGCACCUCUUUAUCGUCGUCUUCGCCGCAUUUCCUCUGUUGUUGCACCAAGCUUGGGUCACUCUGACUGGGAACGGCCUCGGAAAGCUUGCCACCUUUCUCCUCUACAACGGUGCAUACACAGGGGUGGCGAUCCAUGAAGUUCGCAUGCUGCGUCGUCUAUCAUACGAACACGGCUGCUUAGAUGGAGAUGUUCACGAUCGAGACGGCAUACCUAACACCGGCGUGGGCAAGAUGAUUGGCUCGAUGCACAAGACCGCAGGCUUUCGGGUGGCGAUGGCUGUUGCUGUCACCUAUAACCCUGCUGUGUCUCCACUGGAUGCGAUCAGGGACACAGCCUCGUGGGCGCCCUUCAUUGCCAAGAUCAGCCUGUACGGUGUCCUUAUCGACUUCUGGUUCUACAUUUACCACCGGGCCUGCCACGAGGUGCCCUAUCUCUGGAAAUACCACCGCACCCACCAUCUAACCAAGCACCCCACCGCCGUUUUCUCCGCGUUUGCCGAUGACGAACAAGAAAUGAUCGAAAUGGUCCUUGUGCCAAUCCUGACUUUCGCCACGUUGUCGGCCAUCGGUCUCCCACUGGGCUUCUAUGAGUGGUGGAUGUGCUACGAGUACGUCACUUACGCCGAAGUUAUGGGCCACAGUGGCGUCCGAGUCCAUACUAUCGUGCCUUCGCCAAUUACAUGGAUGCUGAAGCUCUGUGACGCCGAGUUGGCAUUGGAAGACCACGACAUGCAUCAUCGCAAGGGAUGGAGGAAGAGCUUCAACUAUGGAAAACAGACGAGGGUAUGGGACCGGCUGUUCAGCAGCUGUAUUGACAGAGUCGAGGCAGAUGCGUCGAACAUUGACUAUGGGAAUGUGGUGUCGAUGCCUAUAUUCUAG